CAGUCGUUCCACGUGUUCCGUCCCGUGGUGUUGGUUGUGUGACGGUGGCAAUGCUAUACUGUUAGUGGAUUCUGCCCCGUUCAUUCAUCUCUCUAAGAAACAAAGCAAAAAGUCUCCUUCUGGAUACCGCAAAGUGCUCUACCCACAGUUGAUGUGCACAACGCUCUCUCGUCUCUUGUGAUACCCAAGUGACUCUUAACGUUAGCCACGAAACCUUCUCCAAAAACAAAUCCAACUAUGAGCAUGUCAUCGUCGUCAUCUGCGCUCGACAUCGCUCAUCAAAACGAGAGAACACCGACGGAGCUCGACAUACUAAGCCAGAAAUACCUGGACGACGAACUGAGCGAUAAAAUCACUGAGGUCGAUCUGUUUCUGGAGAAUUGCUCAUCACUCUACAAUCUCAUCCUCGACGCUUUGCAUGAUCUAUCGUCAAAGGCGCUCUCAUGUCAACACCUGGAUGAGAUGGCAAAUUCUGUAGCGGCAGCUGGACGACUACUUGUCGCUAAACGACCAGAAACAGAGACCACGGUCGCACUUCGCAUAAAUACGAUCAACUCUGCGAUGGAACAACUGCGUUUGCGGAGAUGCACAUCCGAUUCGGAUACAUGUAGCUCCCGCUCGCAACCAUCAUCCGAACUUCGCGGUUGGAUCCAUUCGCAGGAGAAGCGACUGCUGGAGUUGGAGCAGCGCCUGAAGGAAGGCACUGGAUUGACGAAACUGCUAUCAGAUCAGCAGAUCCUCCAGCUCGAAAUCCAAAGCGACGGUCAAGCUCUGAUCAAUCGUCUCUAUCAACAAUUCAGAGACGAGCACGACGACCGUACGGCUGUAGAAUUAGCAAAACGUAAACUCACAUUCGAUGCUAUACGAAAACGAUGGCACAAUUUAUAUUUGAACAGCCUCUGCCUACAGUGUCGAAUUGAGGAAGCGAUUAAUCGAUUUCAGGAAAGCAGCGACUCGGAGCUUGAUCCUGAUCUCGUUGGUCCGCCAUCGAAACGAAUUCGUCGUUCAACUAGUGAUUUAAGAUUCGAAAGGUCCGAAGAAGAAAAUCGAAGGAGUGAAAGAAAGAAGGAGAAGAACAGCGAUAAUUUGAAGAAAAUGGAACGGAGUGGCACGGACGUGUCGGUGUUCUCCGAGAAAUCGCCCGGUGUCGGUCGUAAAUGGGAUUCCGGAGUGUUAGACAUCGGCUAUUCAAGCGGUGAAAACUCGCUUUUGGAUGCGAUCACUGACGGAGAUACAAGUAUUACCGACAUUGAGUCGAUGAUGCGAAAACGUAGUGAUGCGAAGACAUCGUCGUCAUCGUCUGCAAAACUGAAUGAGCUAUCCGCUGAGGAUGAGCCCAAUCAUGAGGGUUUCACCGAUGUCGAUCGGGAUCCACUGUCGGAUUCAAUGCAUGUGAAUUACGAUGCAUUAAAUGGAAGCUAUCCAGAAUACGACGAAGUGAUGGCACUGUUGGAUGAUGGUACGAACUUGACGCCAACCCAUAUGACAGACAGUUUCAACACAAAAUGGCGCGAAAUUGGCGCACAUGCGGAGAAAGCGCGUCGACGCCGAGCACGAGAUGAAGAGGAGGAGGCUAAGCAUUCAUGCGAUGCAUCAUCUGAAGAUUCAUCAGAUUGGGAAUCACGAGACGAUCGACUCAUGAACAGGUCGUUCAACGAUUUUGGCGGCUGCGGUUCAUUGCCAGGCGCACGAAUCGAUCCGAAAUCGUCUAGUUUUUUGCUGGAUUCGUCGCCGUUGGACGCUUCGUUUUGCUCGACGAGGUCUGAGCUGACCCAUGGUCAGUGUAGGACAAGGAAAAGGUUGAGAGUAAGACGUUUACCACGAAGUAUGAGCGAUGGCGAGCAGUUGAUUGUAAAAUCUGGAGCGUACACCCCUCUGAUUCGUCAAUCGCCACCGUCAACGCCACUUGCGCGAUCGACCCGAUUGCUUCAAAAGUUGGAUCGAGACCUUUUAGACAAUGUCGAAAGCGACACAGCUCCAGAACAGUCCGAUACCCAAGUGUAUGAAUGGGACGAGUACAAUCCUCCAGCUAAGGACGACUCAAUGAAUGCACCUCCUUCUCCAUUAAGUCCUACCGUUCCUGAAGAAAUCCUUGAAAUUGAUGAGGACUUUUCCGAACAUUUCGAUGCCUGGGACUCCCUUCGGCGUCUUGUAGCCGAAAGUCGAGCGCAUCUACGAGUUGUUGAGAAGAGCAUCAACAGUGGUGAAGUCGAUCAAGCGCAAUUGGAAAAUGUCCAAAUGAUCGCUCGUGCCAACUUGCGCCAAUUGGACACCGUCCUUCGUAUGUCCGGUGGGCAAAAAGAAGACGUCGAAGGAUUACGUGAACAGUGGAAAUUGCUCUCAGAGCAAGCCGCAUCACCAAUUCCUCAGCUGCUAAGCAAGGUGGAAUGUUUCGCAAAUUCAUUGCGAGAUCUACAUGAAACCUCAUCGGCUUCAUCAUUGAGUGCGAUGACGGAUAUCAAGUCAAAAGAAGAUGUCCGACUAGCUCUGGAGGUUGUCUCGCAAAUCCAAGCGAAACUCAGCAAGGAAAGGGACGAGCUGAGAGAACUCUUAUCGUCCCCGCUUAUGUCUUCCGAAUUGUCCGAGUUGUCGUCUGAAUUCACCAACAUUUCCACCGGCUACGAUGACGCUGUGAAUCGAAUAAAUAGUCUUCUCAGCUCCCUGAAAAAACUCGAUCAAGUGUGGACUGAUUGGAGCGAACAACUCAAAGGCAUACGUGAACAAAUGAAUCGUAUCGAAGGCUCAUUGAAAGCUGAUAAAUUCGACCAGCUCACUAUCUCGGAAGAGAUGGAACUUUGCCAAGAGAGAAUGAAUAGUUUGGAAACAAUGUGCAAUUACCUGACGAGUUCAUUGCAAUCCGUGCAAGGCAACGAUUCAUCCGAUUCAUUGCCAGAUUUUAGAUCAGAGAUCAUUCUGUACGGAAAUGCUAUGGAGCAAUUGAAACAGAAGUUUCACGACAUCUACCGUAUCCCCACUCCACCUGGGCCUGUACAUCCGCCCAACGAGCCGGAGCAAAGCCCCCGUCGCCGAGUCGUCAAGACACAAUCGACUCCGACCCAAACCAUAAUCCCAAGGAAAAACCAAAGCCUUGGUAGUCGCUUCUAUCGCGCGGUAGCCGAAUCUACAGCCGUAAAAUUGGGAGCGCUCCUUUCCAUCUUAACCCUAGUAGCCGUCCUAUUCUACACUGGUAUACUAGGUGCAACAUUUGGCCCACAUCUCAUCUAUGUGAAUGGGCCUCCACCUACUUAAACCGUGCGCGAGUCGCGCUGCGGUCCUUUUUUUUUGCAUGUUUAUCAGGCUUUUCUUAGACUGCAAUUCGUUACCUAUUACUUCAUUAUGUGUGUUAGUCGGGUAGUCUCCUUUUCUUUGUUAGUAAUAAUAGAUACUAUACAUUAGAUGUAGUCACAAGUACUAUGUACUGGACACAUUCACAUUUUGACAUACAAUAAAAUCUCCUACAGUGAUCAGGUAUACUGUAACUGCAUUACAUUUUACUGCAUGUUUCCUUUUAUGGCCUGCCAAUUUCUAUGUAUGUUCUCGUUGUUAGUUGGAGAACUUAUGCUCACAUGCCUUUUCCGUACCAUCUAGCUCUUUAUGGUUCACUAUCAAAACCCUGUUCAUGUUUUUCAUUCUCUUUUUGUAUUCGUUUUUGUAUAUAAUGAACUCACAAUCACAUGACUCUCAUUUGUCUUUUUUUUUCAUUCGAAUAUGAUUUAUGUUGUUGAAUU